UGCUCCAGAUGAAACUUGAAGAAGGUGCAGAAAGUUUGGACUUCAGCUGAUCUCUUCCAGACCUGAUCCAGACCUGAUCCAGACCCAGGGAGAACCUCAACUCACCGAGACUUAACGUGGACGUCAUGAAGAUGUUGGCGCUGCCUCUUCUCAUCAUUCUACUGCAAAGUCCCGUGUGUCUAUCAGUGACAGUGAGCAGCAGCAAACCUAAAGUGGAGGUCCAUGAACACUCAGACGCUGUGCUGUCCUGCGAGUUCAGGACAGAGAAAGAUCAGAGCCCUCGAAUCGAAUGGAAGAAGACGGGAAAGGGGGUCAAAUUUGUGUAUUUUAAUCACAAAUUUAUUGACUCUUAUGCGAAACGAGCAGAGAUCGAGGGAGCCACGCUGACGUUACACUCUGUUACUCAGAAAGACACGGGGGAGUACCGCUGUGAGGUCACUGCCAGUGCGGACAACGUCAACCUCGGAGAGGCCAUUGUGACCCUGAACGUGCUUGUUCCUCCUCACGUCCCAUCCUGUGAGAUUCCGGGCUCGGUGUUUGUGGGUAAAGGCCUGGAUCUCCUCUGCAAGGACAAACUCAGCGUUCCUCCUGCCACCUACCGCUGGUUCAAAGACAACAAGGCUAUGAUGGCCACAGUAGACACGCCGUACAGCAUCGAUACAAACAAAGGCACACUGAAGUUUAAGAGCGUGUCCAAAACAGACGCUGGGAUGUACCGCUGUGAGUCCUCCAACAAUGUGGGGGCACCAAAGAGCUGUGUGGCCCACCAACUAAAAGUUGUUGAUUAUCCGUGGAAUAUGACGAUUUUGAUAGCAGGAGCUGCUGGUUUUCUGAUUCUCACCCUCCUCUGCUGCAUCUGUGUGUGUGUCUGCAGACACAGAGGCUGCUGCAAGAAGAACAAGAAAACAAAAAGCACGAAGUCCUACAACCCUCAACCUCCUCCGCCUCCUCCCAUCCGCAACCUCAAGCACUACAAACAAACUCAGUCCUUCAUGAUCUGAAGGGGAAAACUCUCUGACUUUGACUUCAAACCACCUACAAUCUAAAGUGAACUCUUGUGAGACGCUGGAAAGUUACUCCUCAGUCCCGUCUCUAUUGGAUGGCUGCUCACAACUCUCUGGGAAGGACAAACACACCAAAACUGUGUCGACAUUUUAGAGGACUAGAUGAUAUCUGCUAUAACAGAAAAAUCCUGGUCAUGCUAUUCUUGGGUGUGUCUGCAUUUUUAAAACCCUGUUUAAACUCCACAGACUACUCGGGCACAACAAGUCAGCCUUACAGUUGAAGUUCUGGAUCUCUUGUGCCACCUGUGGGCAUGCCAAGUGUGUCUCAUCCACACUGACGAUUUCACUUUGUAUAGACUUUAUCCUUUUAUAUUUAGAUGCAGAAGUUUUGUUUUUAUGAUAUUUUCUUUUUGUAAUUUUUAUGUAUUUUAUAAAUCAUGUUGUAAUAGUAUGUUGAUCUCAUUAUCAGUCUUUGUUGAAUAUUUGGCUGUAAAAAUUCAAAUAUGUGAAUUGACAACAAAUGAACAGGUGUCUACUCACACUGAAUGAUGUUAUGACGCUUUUAAAACAGUAUGUGGAUCAGUCUGUCUCUUUAUCAGUGAAGUAAUAUUUAAAGAAGCUGGAACACUGGAAUCCAAGCAGAUAUUAGAUCAUUGGAUCAUCUGCAUAGUAUCGAAUGUGUUGACACAUACAGUAGGUCGUAGCCUCUUCAAUUUAAGCUAUGUGUGUAUUAUGCUCUUUCAAUGUUAAUCAUAAUGUUGGUCACUUGGUCCAUGUAAGAAACUCAGAAUGACUAUCUUUAUAAGUUUCUGUGAAAUAUAGAUAUUAGUUCCCCUAGGAAUAAUUUUUUGCAGAUUAUGACAUUUAUAAAUUAUCCGUUGCCUUUGUUACUAGCUAAAUCCCCCAAAAGUAGGCUAUGAAUGUACCUCUAUGUUAAAUGCACUGUCUCGGAAGAUGGCUGUUCAACAUGAUUCUGGUUCUGCUUGUGAAGAGGAUGUUUUGUCUCGCUGCUGCUGUAACUUGUUAUUCGUGCUUUGCCCAUCGAUUAAAGCUGGGGUUGGUAGUCAGAUUUAGAUUCACUUUUAUUAUACUGGUUAAUGGCAAUCAAUACAUAAUGUGUUCUUUAAAAAGAGCGGGAAAAAAAGCCGCUAUCUACAGCUGGAGUAAACCUGGGAAUACACCAACCAAUCCCUGCCUUUGGGAGCCAAAAUAUGAAACCAAUCAAAUCCCGUCCUGCCGUUCUGCCCGCCUCCUGCGCGUACAUUUCAUGUUUGUUUGUGUUUUUAACUUUCACUAUGUUAAUGUUUUGGUGUUUUCUUACUGCUGAGUGAGACAGAGUGAGAGUUGACGUAGUGCAAAACACAAACAAUGUGCUGAGGACCGGUUUUAAAUCAGUCACGAUCAUAUGGUCGCGAAGCAGCGUCGCUCGUACAUGUAAGCGGGGGGGGGGGUUGUUUUGGAGGAGCUCUGAGGGGCUAGACGGAGUCCUGAGAAAAUACUACAUUCAAAUUCAUGCUAGUUUUCCUUGACUACCAACCCCAGCUUUAAUGUAACAAUACUAAUGUGCUGUUACAAACAAUUUAGUCCAGGCCUGCUCUUUUGUAAAGUGUCUUGAAAUAAUAUUUGUUGUGGUUUGGGGCUGUAUGAGGAUAAAUUGAUCGCUAAUACGCAAAUGUUAGCAUGCCAAACUAUUAUAGUUAGUUAAUAAAAUAAAUAUUGCACUUAACCACCAAAUAUCAUCAUGUUAGCAUAGUAUUAUUUUAAGCACAUAUUAUAAAUAUGUAUCUCAACACUUUCAUUCUACAUUUAUUCUUAAUAAAUCCAUGCUGUUAGCGUGUUAGUGGUGUAAGCCAGUGUUAGUGGUGAACACAACCCGUGCCUUUGCCUUCCAGAGCAGCUAGCAUGAGUGUAGACUUCUAAUCUUGUUUAUUGAUGAUUCUUUCAGGUGUAUGGAAUACAUUCUUAAUGUUUCUGUUGUGAAUGUUUUUUUCCCCUCCAAAUGUCAGAGAUAAUAAACAAUGGUUGCUAUGUGCUUAUUUACGGGAACACUGUACUGUACAAAGAAGUAAAUCCAUGCUUUAGUACUGGA